AUGCCGCGUCCUAGGAGAACGCGUCGUACCCAAGCCCCCGCCAUCGCCGCCGUGGCUGCUGCUGCGCCAGAGGACAAGUCUAGCCCUGCGCCUGCCUCGGGUAGUGACAUCUACAGCCACAGCGAUCGCGAACAUUCAGUUAUCAGAAAGGAGCAUGAGGAAGGAACGAGCACGCGCCUGCGGAGGAGCACCAGUUUGCGCCAGAAGCAGACGUUGAAGGAGACAGACCGCGCAGUAGACAAGGGCAAUGACGUUGAGAAGGAUACGAAGGGCAAAGCGAAGGAGGACCAACAGAAAUCCGAAUCAUCAGUUGAAGCGGGAAGGAAGACGCGCGCAACCCCGGUUCAGCAGAGGAGGGACACGACUGGCUUAGACAUGGAUGAUGAUUUGUUCGGGCUUGACACCACUUUGGGUGACGACGAUGAUGAUGCCGCCGCUGCGCCGCCGAGCGCACCACGCUCCGAUACCUCGACUUUUAGUGUCAGCAACUUCAGGCGUCGGGGCCGCGCGCCGAGCAUUAGCAUCAACAAGGACGACGCCCCCAUCAGACCAAGCAGUCGCGGAAUCAGUACACCAGGCAUCAGCUCUGUCUUUAACAUCGGGAAUUUCAGGCGCCGCCGGAGAGAGCCAAGUAUUCUGGGUACGGCACAGAAGGAGCGUGCCCAGCGCCCACUUGAGCCAUCAUCAGGACCGGAGUCUGGAGAUGAAGACGAGGAGGACUUCAAUCCUGAGGCUGAAUCGACACCUAUCAACAACCGGCGCAGAACACGGCCGCCUCCUGCAGCGGAAACAGACUCAGAAGCCGAGGCCGAACCAGUCCCCGAAUCUCAACAGGUCUUAGCACCGGAUUCGCAACCCGAGAAAGAGGCCGCGGUUGCUUCGAGCACCAGAUCCCGCAAGCGAAAGAGCUUAGAGAGCCAUGAAGAGACAGAGCGUCCUGGGAAAGCAUCGCGAACUGAGCCUGAGCCUGAACUCGCAGAUGACAGUGACUCAUCGCUCUCUGACUUGCCUUCGCCCGCGUUACUGACCCCUACGCGAGGAUCAAACCUUCCGCGACCGGUCACACCGAACCAAGACGAGAUCAUGGCUCCGCCUGAGAGCAGCGGUUCGGAAGACGAUGAUGGGGUGUGGCCUGAUAUUCACACCCUCGCCAAACAACGCCGUCGACGCGCCUCACCUACCACACCAACACGAGACGGUAACAUAUCUGAUGCAUCUUCCCCACCCUCUCUCACUCACUCACCCAACUUCCCUGCAACACGCAACAAGUCGCGGCAGAAGAAACAGCAGAAAAAAGUGACCACGGCGGAUCUUACUGGUCUCCUUCCUCAGAGACGCCACAAGAAGAACAGAGAUCCACUGGAUGUGGACGAGUCUGAUGAUGAGGUCGAUACCUCUAAUUUAGGCCAGGGCGAUGACGAGCUUUCAUACAUUGAUGCUCGCACUCGUUCUAGACGCGCAAGGACUACGCCGCUCAACCGCAGCUCAGCCAACCGACCUCCAUCCCGCGGUAGCAAGGCUACUGCGUCAGUCGCGAAGUCCAAGGCGACGCCAGGAAGCAACCGCCCUUCAACGCGCACCUACAGUCGCCGUCUGUCGGACAAGGAGAACCAGGUUGAAGUUGAAGACGAAGUCGAGGGAGAGAACUUGGCACCGGCCCAAGACGAAGCGAUCGAUAGCCAAGAGAGCAGCGACCCAACCCGGACCGCCGAUGAGCUUAAGCAGGCUGUGCGAAAGUUCAAGGAAGUUGAUCGCUGGGAACUGGAGUUUGAGGAGGUGACGGAGGACUCGUCGCCGACUCGGGAUGCGCGGUGA